AUGAGCGUCAAGACAGUCGAGUUCAAGUCGUUUACCGACCAGAAGCCUGGAACGUCAGGUCUUCGCAAGAAGGUCAAGACCUUCCAGCAGCCUCACUACAGCGAAUCCUUCGUCACCAGCAUCCUUCUCUCCAUCCCCGAAGGCGUCGAGGGUUCUUUCUUGGUCAUUGGUGGUGACGGACGCUUCUGGAACCCCGAGGUUGUCCAAUUGAUCGCCAAGAUCGGUGCUGCAUAUGGUGUCAAGAAGCUCUUGAUCGGACAGAACGGUAUCCUGUCUACCCCAGCUGCCAGCCAUGUCAUUCGCAAGCGAAAGGCUACUGGAGGUAUCCUCCUGACUGCCAGUCACAACCCUGGUGGCCCCAACGAAGACUUCGGCAUCAAGUACAACCUGGCGAACGGUGGCCCCGCUCCCGAGAGUGUAACGAACAAGAUCUACGAGACGUCCAAGACCCUGACUUCCUACAAGUUGGCCGACAUCCCGGAUAUCGACAUCACCACCAUCGGCUCCAAGACGUACGGUAGUCUGGAGGUUGAGAUCAUCGACAGUGUUGCCGACUACAUGCAGAUGUUGAAGGACAUCUUCGACUUCCCCGUCAUCAAGAAGUUCUUCACCGACAACCCAGACUUCAAGGUCCUAUUCGAUGGCUUGCACGGUGUCACUGGUCCUUACGGAACUGCCAUAUUCGAGGAGGAGCUGGGCCUCAAGGGUUCAACACAAAAUUGCGUCCCGUCGCCCGACUUCGGUGGUGGACACCCAGACCCCAACCUGACUUAUGCCCAUUCCCUAGUUGAAGUGGUGGACAAGAACUCGAUCCCCUUCGGUGCUGCUUCUGAUGGCGACGGUGACCGCAACAUGAUCUACGGAGCUGGUGCCUUUGUUUCACCGGGUGACAGUCUGGCCAUCAUUGCCCACCACGCACAGCUCAUCCCCUACUUCAAGAAGCAGGGUGUCUAUGGUCUUGCCCGAAGUAUGCCGACUUCUGGCGCUGUCGACCUUGUGGCCAAAGCCCAAGGUCUCAGUUGCUACGAGGUACCCACAGGCUGGAAGUUCUUCUGCGCUCUUUUCGACGCUGACAAGCUGAGUAUCUGUGGUGAGGAGAGUUUCGGUACUGGUAGCAACCACGUCCGUGAAAAGGAUGGUCUCUGGGCCGUUGUCGCUUGGCUCAACAUCAUUGCUGCCCUAGGAGAGAAGUACCCUGACACAAAACCGAGCAUCAAGCAGAUCCAGGAAGAUUUCUGGAAGACAUACGGCCGCGUGUUCUUCACCCGUUACGACUACGAGAAUGUCGACUCGGAUGGAGCCAACAAGGUUGUCAAGACCCUGAACGAUCUGGUUGCCGACCCUGGCUUCAAGGGCAGCAAGGUUGGAGAGCGCACCGUAACCGAUGCCGGCAACUUCUCAUACACCGACCUUGAUGGCUCGGUGGCUUCCAACCAGGGUCUCUACGCCUGCUUCUCCAGUGGUAGCCGCAUUGUCGUCCGAUUGUCAGGUACUGGUUCGUCAGGCGCGACGAUCCGCCUGUACAUCGAGCAGUUCAGCAAGGACCCAUCGACCUACGGCAUGGACGCCCAGGACUUUUUGAAAGAUGAGAUCAAGUUUGCGACGGAGCUUCUGAAGUUCAAGGAGUACGUUGGACGCGAUGAGCCUGAUGUCAAGACAUAG